AUGGGACGUGCGCUGUAUUCACAGUCUUAUGCUCCAGCAAUCCGCGAACCUUCAUCCUCUCAAUAUGAAAAAUGGAGUAUCAGCAACCCUUUUGAUCCAGAUUCGGAGGAAUUCUUCGAGGGAGCUCAGUAUGAAGCCUUUCUUCCUACGCCCACCAACUCCAGCACAAAUAACGGCGAAUCAGCUAUUCCGACCAGAGUGCCUAUCAGCGCCACUCGUGCUACAAUGACGCGUGACGUUAGCCAGCCCCUAAGAACGUCGCGUGUCAGAAUAUCCAGUGAAGACCCAUCUGUCACCUCAGCGUCCAAUUCCCUGAUCUUCGACUCGGUACCACGAGAUUUUCCUGACAUGGAUGCACCCACUCUGCCCAUUUCACCUCCGCCUGUGACCAUCUCCGACUUCAUUGACGCAGACAUGGAAACGACAAGACCAACUCCUAGUCCCAUGGCGGCGGAUUCAGACUCUGAAGACCCCAUUCGCAUCUUGGCUGGAUUCAUAAACGCUUCGCGGAGUCAGGGAGAAACUGAAGCCAACAUCAAUGUAUCCGAGAUCCUGCGGCAGUUGGAUGAGCGCUGGCGAAGAGAGGUCAGGGAGGCUCAGAAUCUUCUACGAGAUGAUAACGGAAGCCGACCCCAGCGAUAUCUCCCACCACUUUCCUAUCCUUCCUCGAACGCAAGUUCUUCCUAUUCUCGUGCUGACUCGCCUUCGUCUCCGAUCUUUUUCCCAUCUCCGCCAUCUGAGACGCUGCCUACACCUCCGACAAUGUCCAGGGAACUGGCUGUUUUCCCCGAUUCAGAAUCAUCCCGCCAUCUUACCUUCCACUUGGAUGAAGAUUUGGAGCAGGUCGAACGCGAAUUGCUGGAUUUUGAGUCGCAGAGUGUACUAGACGCAACUGAAUCUCUCCCUGCACCAUUUUCCGAAUCUUCCUCCGCACCUGUAGUCCCUGCCUCUCAAUCACAGACUCCUCCUCGUCCCGUUCGAAUCCGUCACCAUCCUUCCAGUAGUGUCGGGAACGAAGUUGGGCUUGACAUGUCUCCUCCUCCAUCAGUUUCGCCGCGUCUGUACAACUGGUCUCGAACCGGAUCAGAGUCACGCCCGCGCUACAAUUCCCUGACUACUUCGUCCGUGAACUUUGGAAGACACGAAGGGUUGCGUUCUGUGCGAGGCGUUACAAUUUCUGAGGGGAGGUUUUAG